UUUUUUUUUGGGUUUUGCCAUUUCCUGUCUCCCCUCCAUUAUUGGCAAUACGUCGCGCUUCUGUCCACUCUCUUUUCUUUGCUCUAUCUAGACAAUCCAGUUGACUUCCCCCAAUACCAUGAAUUAGUGUUUCCUGCAUCCGCUCUACUCUCUUCUUCACUGCUCGUGCUCGAGUUACGGUUCUUUGAUAAAAGACCUUUCUCAUCACCCAUCAGCACCACUCUGUAGACUAGUCCCGGAUAUCCUACUCAUCCAGCCCGUCUUCACAUUACUAUCCACUUCAAAAGGCUUUUACGUCUCCAAUCUAGGAUCAGGGUACGCAUUUAAAAGGUCUUACUCGUCAAUAUGAAGGUCUUCGCUUCGUCUUGUACUUUCGAUUACUCCUGGGAUGAGGUUUCGACUGCGAAUUGGCGCAAGUACUGUCCAUGGAAUGACAAGUCGACGCAUGUCGUAGCAGUGGAUACAUUAUCGAGAUCAGUGGAUUCGUCCACUGGGGUUCUACGCACAGAGCGCCUGAUAACCUGUAACCAAUCUGUGCCCAAGUGGGUUCUUUCGCUCUUUGGAGGCGAUGCGACCUCUCACGUGUACGAGGUAUCAUACGUCGAUCCCGUCUCAAAGAAGCUUACGAUGUGUUCGACCAACCUCACAUGGUCCAAUGUCCUUAAUGUCCGAGAAACUGUUGUAUACAAGCCGUCUCUAUCAGUCCCCUCUUCCUCGACAGACUUCAAUCAAGAGGCGAGGAUUACAGCGCUUUGUGGUGGAUGGCAGAAAAUCAAGAACAAAGUGGAGGAGGCGAGCAUUGAGAGAUUCAGCCAGAAUGCAAAACGGGGAAGGGAGGGUUUUGAGGCUGUUCUGCAGAUGAGCCGUCGAGUUUUCAGUGAGCAGCGUGAACUUGAGAACCGGCAGCUUCAAGCAUGAAAGGUCUUAUUGCCGGAGUUUCGGGCAUAUUUUCAUCAUGAAUGCAUGUCACGAUCGCAUAUGUUGGUGUUUGUUCUUGGUAUUUCUAAAAGCAUGCGGCGCAAGUUUGUUGGCGUUAAUUUAUUAUUGUUAUUUCCCCCUAAGUGUUUCCUUUCAAAUGGGUGAAAUGUAUUUAUUCUUUGACAAGGCCUUUUACAACGCUUUCAUUGUUAUGAAGGUUGCCAUUUAUAGAUAGAUAUCCACGUUCUGGAUUUUGCGAUUCUGUUCAUAUUAUUUCCCAAUACAUGAAAAGGAGAGCAAAUAGCUGGGACUUUGAGCUAUGUUGAGAAUGAAGGAGAGCCCGCAGCGGCUGUAUGGUAUAUAUAUAUAUAUUUUCUCUCUCUCUAG